AAUGCGCUUCAAGAAGGUGAUUUCACUAUACACAGCGGAUCGUUCCUGACAUGGGAACAGGCAAAGAUCACGUGUGAAAGAGAAGCGAAGAAGCUCUUACGUAUAGAGAACCUUGCAAAAUGGACAGAUCUUAAUGCUUUAUCUCGGUUCAAGACCUUCCUCACUACAGAGACAUACUGGACUGGCCUCAAGACAUACAGCAUUGACUGUACUGCAUAUGCUUGGGAUGGUUUCGAUCCGAUUUGUCCCUGGACGAACUGGGUCCACGGACAGCCCAGUGACUGUUUUACAAAUCAAUGUGUCAAAGUAAAAGGUGGAAAAUGGGCUACUGCAUAAUGUGGUGGAGAAAGGAUUACGUUUAUGUGUGAAACAAUUAAAAUUGGAAUGUGUACCGGAUCGGGAUCGGGAACGGGAACGGGAACGGGAACGGGGGGAGGCGAAGAGACAACAACAACGACUGUGGAAAUACCCCAAACCACUGCAGUAACAACCACAACGGAAAUACCAACAGCUACAGAAGAGAUUUCAACAACCACAGAGGCAAUAGCUGCAAUCGUUGAAGUGGCAACCACAGCGCAAAUACCUACAAUUACAGAAGCGACAGAUACUACCACUAAUGUGACAACUACGACGGGAACACCUACAGUCACAGAAGAGGCAACCGACACCACGACGGGAAAACCUACAGCUACAGAAGAGGCAACCGAAACCACGACUGAAACACCUACAGUCACAGAUAGAACAACUGAACCUAUCGGUACUUGGGCCAACUCUACGUUACCGACUACGUCACUGUCUUCAGGCGGUGGGAAUGUUUUUGUAUCUGUAUCGGGUGGCAAUGGUGUUGGUGGCGGUAUAGACACUACCAGAGGUCCUGGUAAUACUAAGACUACAACUGUUUCUUUGUCUGCGGGAGGGACUGCAGCAACUGCUUCCCAGUCUCACACAACCGAACUAACCAAUAGUCCUACGCAAUCACAAAAUGCCACACCACAAGGAGGGUCUGUUUGGUUCGAGGAGCACUACGGAAAAACUAUUGUAGAAACAUACCUGGUAUCUAGUGUAGCUCGCCCCGUUGCACUAAGAACGACUGGAAACUUAGAAAGCUGUCAGCAGACUUGUUUAGAUACGGAGAUGAAUUCGUUCCAGUGUUGGGCGGUGACGAUCCCGGAUCCUUCCUCUGAACAAUGUGUACUAUACUACAUCGAUGCCCCGUCAAAGCUACGUGCUCCGUCUGUUAUGGUAUCACUAACUGGGUCAGUGAUAUUCCUUAAGUUACAAGAUUCAGCCCCGACCUUGGGAACCCCGUGUUCGUGUAAACUCGACAUCAAUUGGGAUCCACCGGCGAAUGCAUCAACGGAGUAUAUGCUGGAACUGCUUGAAGCGCUACUUCAAUUAAAAGCCAAGCUUUCGAUUAAGAAAAACGAAACCCAAAAGUACCAAAGAACCCUGAUAAGCGCUGAAGACAAAAGAACGAGCGCUGUAGGGAUAGGAUCAAUGGGCGUGGCCCUGUUGGUGAUGAUCGCUGCGUUCGUUCUUGUAGCAGACAUUGACCACUUUGUGUCACUGUUUAAUUUUCUGAAGAGGUCUUGUCAAAGGAAAAGCGACACAGCUCAAUCGUAGAUUUGUCAUAUAUGGUUAGCGAUCUAGACAUGGCCUCAUCUGCUAGUCCUGACGACGCUGUCCGUUAUUUUCUGGGUAAGCCUUUAUCAGUGUUUUUCUUGCCCUUAUAUGACAGGGGCCUGCAUAUUUUCAUUUCGGCAAAUACAGUGGUAUUGUUUUGCUAAUUAAGGAUUUAUCAUCAACAGACGUUUUUUCUAUGUGUUAUUUAGCUUUGAUAAAUAGAAACUAGUAGCAUAAGUACAUCUGCUUGUGAAACAUUACGUAAAAUACAAAAUCCGACUUACAUUUCUUCAUGACAAUUUAUGUGAAAAUAUGAAAUUGGGAAAAUGCAACGAAAUUUCACUUGGGGAAGGGGCUUAAAUUCGGCCCCAAAUAUAUCCCCAAAACGUCACUGAUUUAUAUUAGGGCAUUACGAGGUAGAAACGUUACAUAUGAAAUAGAUCUCUGGCGAUCAAACCGUUACCUGUUUCUGUGACAUCACUUUACACAAAACAAGAGAAUAUUUUCAUGCUAAAUAUUUAAGUGCACAUUAAAAAUCAGUUUUAUCGCCUUUAAAUAUGUUUUUCAAUCCAGUGUGUAAAUACAUAUCUAAAAGUUUCAUUUGUGCUUCCUCUAUGUUUUCCUUUGGUCUGUUUUACCAUAUGAAUUGGUUUGUUGUCAAUCGGUUCUUGUUACAUUUUGAAUACGUCAAAUGGCACGGGGAGCACGUUUUCAUUUUGCAAUGAUUUCAGAUCAUGAAAUCUCACACUUCAAUUCUUAUUGAUCUUUUUUUCUUCAAUAAACUACCAUAAUGGGUACAUGUACAUGUAAGAUGUACAGUGAAAGUCAUAGAUAAUAUUCAUAUCUUGUUAAAAGUUUUCAAUAUGUUUUUGACGCCAUGGCGACUGCUGUUAGUCUACAUAAGUUUUGAAAAAACAUUUGAUGCCAUGGCAAUUGAUGUCAUCAUAAAGGAGUUUUGAAAAAAAUAUUUGAUGCCACGACAAUUGAUGUCAUCAUAAAGGAGUUUUGAAUAAACAUUUGAUGCCAUGAUAACUGAUGUGAAUUGACACAAAUGAUAUCAAUCAUGUUUUUAUAUUGCGUAACUAACUAAAUUGAGAGUAAUUUUUUUGUAAAUAUUUGUAGGAUCAAAAUGCAAUCAGGUCCUUGAGCAGAUUUUGCUCUGAUAAUUCUCAGUCAGGUAUAUUGUAUAUUAUAUUAUAUCAUAUUAUAUUGUUGUUAUGGCUACCUAUUCGGAGAGCAGAAACUGCAGGAAAUGAAUCACUUUAUAUCAUAACUGAUUUGAUCUUCAGUUGGUUGGGAGUAGGUUUAUACUUAAGAUAAAACCAUCAUUUGACUCU